AUGGCCCGUUCCCGGUCGCCCCUCCUGCUGGCAGCCGCUGCCUGCCUGGCGCUGUGGCGAGGCCUUAGCUUUGUCAGCACGUCUGCACCACGGGCGCCCACAGCCUUGGACGCGGAGGUGAAGAAGGAUGCCAGAGAAGCUCACAUCCAGAGAAUCGAGGAGGACACAUCCAGCUUCCCUGCUGUGCCAGCCAUUGCCAUGGCGAGCGUUGCCAUGGUGCUGCUUAGCAGCCAGCCGGCACAUGCAGUGCUGCCUCCCGAGGAGUCACAGGGCUACAUUCAGAACUUCCUUGGAUACGCCAACCUCGUCAUCAACUUCUUGUCCGGCUACUUUGGUGCCUGGGCCGCGAAGAACCCGAACUUGCUCGUGCCGGACAUGGCCCGGCACCGCAGCACUCGCGAAGCAAGAGCGCUGGCCCCACCCAAGACAAAGUUGCGCGAGGAGCCAGAGUACCCUGAGGACGAAGAGUACCCUGAGUACCAGUGA